AUGGCUUUCAUGAGCGACGAUUUUAUUACUACGAUCGUAAACGGAACAACAUUUCUUCUGGGCCGGGACCAUGCAGGCGCCUCCCGUUUGAUCCUUGGAUCCUUUGAAAUAUUUUUAGCACCAAAAAAACCAGACACACGGGAUGCCGAUUUCCCACCGGCCACCCCAACUUUUGGGCAUAACGCGUACGGGCAACAUUCCGGUGGGCGAAUCUUAAACAACAUUAAAAAACUAGAUACAAAUAUUAAAUCUCUCUAA